AUGUUUUCCACGUUUACGGGCAAUUCGAGACGCCCUCGAAACGUCAACCUCAGCGGCUCCACGGGCAACCCCUUUGCCAACACUUCAUGGAGUCCAUCCGCCGUCUCCAACGCCAGUAAGACAGUCUCGAACGCACAGGCCGAACGCGAGAAACGACAAGUUGAGCGUCAAAAGAUCAAGUCGGCCGUGAAGAUCCAGCGGGUCUGGAGGGGUCACAGAACAAGGGCAGCGUUGCGUGAAUCUCAGCGAGCUGCAUUUGAUAAGAUCUACACCUCGGAUGCUGCUGGCAGCCCUGAAGACAGACUUCCUCGGGCUUUUCCUCUACUCCUCCUCGUUUUCUCACCACGACGAGAUGACGACAUUCGACGAGCAAUCCGUUAUGCACGUGAUACCGAAUCUGUCCCUCUUGAAGCGAUUGUCCCAUCCAGAACCCAUCCAGCACGCCUAGAACGACUUGUUCGACUUCUUGUCGAGGCACUAGACACGUCCAUUUCGGCAGGACAGCUAUCGGAAGAUGCACAACUUCUUGGCAAGCUCGCGAUACGAAUAAUAGCCAGUUCUCCGAACCUGGUUCUCCCCUCGGUCGGUAGAUACUACACGGUGAUCGCGAAAAUAUGUCAGGCCCAACAGAAUGUAAUACUAACUCAUUGGGUAGCAUCGAGAGUCUACCAUGCAUACGCUUUUUCUUUCCUCACGAGCAGCAACCUGUACUUUUUCGAGACCAACAUUGCUGUCUUGUCCAAGAAUAUCUCUCUCCCCGAUUUGUCAAGGGCCAUAAUAGAAGGACAGCCUUCGGUUUCGAAUGCCCAAAAUUCAGAAGAUGCUCUCCUCUGGCAGUUGGCUCACUUCAUCGACUUGGGUCGAUCCAGCGCCAAUAACACCACGGGCUCUGCCAUUCUAGAAACUCUGUACACUCAACUGGCUGCCCUCUCUUCCGCUAUCAGCGUUCGGUUGUCAACAAAGUCACCAAAUGAAGGGUUGAGUGACGAAGACGCCGCAGACGAGCAUCUCGUACUGGAUCCGUAUAUCGCGACCAAGUUGACAUCCUUGGUGGAGAGCAAUGGCAUCUCACAAACACUACGGGACUUUUCUGUCAACCUAGCAGGAUCUUCACAUCACGAGUUUCAGGGUGUAAGCCUCUUAGCAGGUUACAUAUUAACCCUGCUUCAAUGCUUUCCGGCCAGCAGCGACGACAUUCGAAUGCGUCUGUUUCUCGAGGAGAUUCCUACAUCCUCUGGUGAUGUCCCAACAGUCAAGUUUCUGUGGGGUAUCAUGAGAAAGACUUCGGUGUUCAAUAAACUAAUGACAGGAUCAGAACAGCCUAUCGACGUGCUACGUAGGUAUUUGGGUGUGACGCCGAGUACAUCAGGCGCUUCGAGCAGUUCAGCCGAGGAGCAGGACUGGCGGAUUAUCCUUUUGUUCCUUGAGUUGUAUAUCUUUAUCCUGCGACUAAGCGACGAUGAAGACUUCUUCAGCGGGAUUUAUCCACAGCUUCUGCAGAGUAACUCAUCGACAUCUCGAAUUCGAUCCUGCAGCCUGUCACUGGAAGACGUCAGGCUGCUUACCAUGUUCCUCAAAAACACAGCCUUCACCCUUCAUUACAAGGCCCAGGAACUCUCCAAGUCUCGAGAAGCACUCGAAGCAGCUGCCAAGUCUCGCGUGAACUCGUACUUGGGCGCCUCGAUUUCUCCGCCGGUGCAGAAUGCCACCGCACUUUCUUCACUAAAAGGCCCAGCAAGAUUGGGUUUGGACAGUCUACGAAGCAUCGUCACUGUAGCGAUGAAGAUGCUCUACGAGAGAGACUCCAGAAAGCAAUUCCUGCCAACGAACCAUUGGCUCAUGACGGACAAACUUGACAAGGAAGACUUUAUCAGUGCUGUAAUUGCAGAAGAGAAACGGCAGAACGAGGAAGACUCUGGAGACAGCGAGGACGAGGAAGAGGAGGAUCCCCUCAGAAUCUUUUCCACAUUCGGCGGCCAGAGUCUAUCACGGCGUGUGAGACUCGAACAACUGAAAGCCCAACAAACCCGGGCGAUGAGGGAGCGACGGUUGGCAGAGAUGGGACCCAAGCUGGAGAUUCUCAAACAUAUGCCGUUUGCAGUGCCCUUCGAAACCCGAGUCAUGAUAUUCCGUCAGUUCAUCCAGCUCGAUCGAGGCCAUCGGGAAGGCAAUAUGCCUCGCCACUUCAACCCGUUCAACAAGCACCACGCCCAAAUCCGACGAAAGAGACUCUUCGAAGAUGCAUACAAACAGUUCUACGAGCUUGGUGAGGGUUUCAAAGACCCAAUACAAAUCACCUUUGUGGAUCAGUUCGGUACCGCUGAGGCAGGCAUAGAUGGAGGUGGUGUUACCAAGGAGUUUCUUAUCAGCGUCACGUCGGAGGCUUUUGGCAACAACGAAGGGGCUGGCAUGUUUGCCUCGAACGAGAAAGGACUAUUGUUCCCCGAUCCUACCGCCAUGGAUGUUCUCCGAGAGUCGUUACGGGAGAGCGGGCUAUCCGAAGAGGAUCCCGAGUUCAGAGAGUUCGUGACAAGUCAACUAAGACGGUUCGAGUUUCUGGGCAGAAUCGUGGGCAAGUGCAUGUACGAGGGUAUUCUCGUUGACCUCGCCUUUGCAGGCUUCUUUCUUCUCAAGUGGGCAUCGACUGGCCCUAACGACGAGAACAACUACAAGGGCAGCGUAAACGACCUUCGGGAUAUGGACGAGGACCUGUACAACGGCAUGUUGCGUCUCAAGAACUACUCAGGCGACAUCUCGGAGCUGGGGAUCGACUUCACCAUCGAAGACCAGGUCUCUCAGCCAGGUCAACCUGUCAAGACCAUCACCAAGAAGCUGAUUGCCAACGGCGAUCAGGUACAUGUUACCAACGACAACCGACUACUGUACAUUUCGUACGUUGCCCGUCAUCGUCUGGUGGUACAGCCCUCUCUUCAAACAGCAGCUUUCCUCCGUGGGCUUCGAGGAAUCAUCCGCCCUUCGUGGCUAUCCAUGUUCAACCAAUCUGAGUUGCAACGCCUUGUCGGUGGUGACUCGUCCGAGAUUGACAUCGAUGAUCUCCGCCGCAACACCGUCUACAGCGGUCUGUAUGAGAUUGGUGACGAUGGUCAAGAGCACGACACCAUCAAGCUGUUCUGGAAGGUGAUGCGCGGGUUCACAGACUCACAACGUCGCAGUGUGCUCAAGUACGUCAGCUCGACACCACGAGCGCCGCUGUUGGGCUUCUCACAGCUGAACCCCAAGUUCAGCAUCCGCGACGGCGGCACAGAUGAGGACAGACUUCCAAGCACCAGCACGUGUGUCAACCUCCUGAAGCUACCGAGAUACAAGACCGAGGCGGUGCUUCGGGAGAAGCUUCUUUAUGCUGUUACGUCGGGGGCUGGUUUUGAUCUCAGUUAG